CCACUAUAGAUAUAAACACACUUGGCGGGAAACAGUCGUAAGCAGAUCAAGAUGGCGGACUACAUCAAGGUUCUCGAUAGUGAUAAAGGUUAUCCCCUUGAUAUGUUUUGUAUACCAAGACAUUAUGAAGAGGAUUUGGAAUCUGUUCUUUUACCAAGGGGACUCAUAGCUGACAGGACAGAAAGAUUGGCUCGUAAUAUAGUUCAAGACAUGGAUAAUUCUGGGGCUGUAUAUGCACUUUGUGUGUUAAAGGGAGGGUACAAGUUCUUCACAGACCUUUUAGAUUGCAUCAAGGCACUCAAUAGGAAUGCAGAAACUUCCAUACCUAUGUAUGUGGACUUCAUCAGACUCAAGAGUUAUGAGAAUGAUAAAUCAUCAGGGGAAAUAAAAGUAAUUGGUGGAGACAACCUGUCUAAUUUGACUGGCAAAAAUGUUCUCAUCGUAGAGGAUAUAGUUGAUACUGGUAAGACGAUGCAGAAGCUCUUGAAUAUAGUAAGCAAGUUCCAGCCAGCCAGCGUCAAAGUCGCCAGUCUGCUCGUAAAACGUACUCACAGAAGUGUGGGUUACAGACCAGAUUACAUUGGUUUUGAAGUGCCAGAUGAGUUUGUUGUUGGCUAUGCAUUAGAUUACAAUGAGUAUUUCAGAGAUCUCAGUCAUAUAUGUGUUAUCAAUGAAAAUGGAAAAAAGAAAUACUCUACACAGUGAAGAAUUAACUUAUAAAUCAUCCGUACGCCAUGCAUUGAAGCCAGAAAACAUCUUUCAAUAACACAUUCCAGUAACUCUGGACAGUCAGGAUC